AAGAGAAAGUUGAAAUCACGUGUCUCACUGUAGAAAGUUUGACAAGUUGGUCGACACAAGUCUUGCUUUCCCGCUAUCGAAAACCUUGAAUGUCAUUCUCUUGUGUCUUCUUCUUCUGUUAAUAACGAACUCGGAAACUAUCCUUUAAUCGAAGUCUUUUCUAUCAGCGUCAAUAUAAAAACACACCCAAAAACAUGGAAAUCGUGCAGAAAAUCAUGUCGGGGUUUAGUCUGGAUUUGGGACCAGUGAAAGAGCCACUGGGAUUUAUCCGAAUCCUGGAAUGGGUCUUCACCAUUUGUGCCUUUGCCACCACUGGUGGUUAUGUUGGAUCCACUCAGUUCACUCUUAAUUGUGGAAGUAAAAAAGACAACGUUACUGCUAAUUUUGGAUAUCCUUUUAGGCUUCCGAGUCAGCCAUAUGAGAUUCCUCACUGCAAUCACAGCAAGAACAUGACUUGCCUGCAGGGAGAUUUCUCCUCCUCGGCUGAGUUCUUCGUCUGUGUGGGCGUCUUGGGCUUUCUGUACUGUACUUUCACCAUCAUCCUGUACUUGGGCUACCAGCAGGUUUACAGGGAGUCUAACCGUGGCCCCACAAUUGAUCUGAUUGUUACUGGGAUCUUUGCUUUCUUGUGGCUGGUUUGCUCCUCAGCCUGGGGAAAGGGUUUAACAGAUGUCAAAUAUGCUACGAAUCCUGACAGGCUAAUAAUGGCAUGUCUGCCUGAAGAUCACUGUGUGGUGAAGACCUACCCUUCAAUGGGUCAUCUCAACUCCUCUGUGCUCUUUGGAUUCCUAAACCUGAUAUUGUGGGCAGGAAACUGCUGGUUCAUCUACAAGGAGACUCCAUUUCAUAAGCCGGCCAAUCCACCGCCCAACCUAGAGGGGGGAGUUUCCACCUCCUAAUUAGACAAGACGGGCUCCUUCCUCUCCUCUCCAUUUGUUCAUAAAGCAGAGGACAUCACCGUUUGUUCAUGCCGACACAUGUUGAAAAGAAACUACACUUUGAUAUGCAAAAGCUUAGUUUCUAGCAUCAUGCAUUGCAGUUCACUACAUUAUAAAUGCUCUAAGCUGAAUUCUUUAUGAAUAUUUGUUUUUUUUUUAUUUUAGUGUCUGUUCAAUGGCACUGUCAGAAGCUAA